AUGGAACAACUCAAACAGUCGAAGCUAUCUCCACACGACGAAAAGAUUCCCUCGCGCCUUCAGAAUGUCAGCGUGCAACCUCGAGAAGACGAAGGCAAAGAAACUCUCCCUGCAUAUUCGACAUCCAUCAGCCUCUCAAAUAUCUUCAACCAAAAAAUGGAACUCGAAGGUCCAGCUCAGCGUGCUGUCAACCGGAGCUGGAGCAGGGUUUCUGUAGUUCUCCAAGGUACGGCUCUCAAUAUCUACCGGAAAUCAGCAGACAAAAAGAAAUCGGGAUGCCAAAAUAUCGAUUACUCAAUUCGAAGCUAUAACCUUCAUUACGCUCAGGUGGGGAUUGCAACAGAUUACAACAAGUCAGCUACAUCUCAGAAGCGUUACGUCAUUCGGGUUCGCGCAGAAACAGAGCAAUUCUUGCUCUCUUGCGCCAAUCUAGAAAUAUUCGUAACCUGGAUACAAUCACUCAGUGCGGCUAUCGACUUAGCUACUCCUCUUGAUGAUCGAGAGUACCCUGAGGAUUUCAGUCUACCUCGGCGUCAACGGCGCAUCCACACAUUAGCGUGGUCAAUGAGAGAAGCUCCAGUGAAUAGAGAUUCUCAGCAGAUAAAUAAUGAACCUAGAUCAACAUCACGAUCAGCAGGCCAAAAUUGCAACCCCCAUACGAGCUCAUACAGACGUAAUCUUCAUCCAACAACAAAUAAUCGAUCUCAUCCCGGUAACAUAUCGUCUUUUGAGUCCGAAGCUUACCUCUGUCGUCCGUCAAAUAGUCAGAUCAGAGCUCGUCGUGCAGCUCGCAGUUCACGUCCAUCUUUUGCACGCAGAAGCUACACAUUUAUUUCGCGACAGCUCUGCUCCAUGCUUAGACCUUCACCAACUAGGGACUCGGACGAGACAACUUUCGCUUCGGAAGACGUUGAAAAAUGGCGACCUUGUCACUACUGGACACACUCAUACGACAUGUUGUAUGCUACACGAUGUUUGGCGGUUCUUAAUAGUCGUACUCCUCGAAAGAGCAAUAUUGUUGUUGCUAAUGGAGAAUUCUUAAUAGUCGAUUGGGUGACAGGGGCUACGAGCAGCAUAUGUGGUAAUGCUCCUCACAUUCCUGUCCUAGUUGAAACGUCAAAUGACUACGAAAUUGAAGAUGCAGGAGCAAACGCAAAAAUUCCACCAAAAUAUGAAGAACCAGUAUAUUCUUUUGAAAACUAG